AUGUGUGUCCCGCGCGCUGCUCAUCCACGCGCGCGUCUGACGCGCCACGGCCCCGUUCCCGUUGCAGACACCGCCUACGUGAUCUCGUACUCGGUCAUCCUGCUCAACACGGAUGCGCACAAUCCGCAGGUGAAGAAGCGCAUGACGCGCGCAGACUUCGUGAAGAACAACCGCGGGAUCAACGAGGGUGCGGAUCUCCCCGAGGAGCUGCUGUCCGCCAUCUUUGACGACAUCGUGAACAAUGGGAUCCGGAUCAAGGAUGAGGUGGACUCGAGCCUGGUCGCGUCGCUCGCGCCGGGUGCGGGGCUGGCGAGCGCGCUCGCCACGGUCGGGCAGGACUUGCAGAGGGAGGCGUAUAUGCUGCAGUCGAACGGCAUGGCGCACAAGACCGAGGCGCUGUUCAGGACGAUGAUGCAGUCCCAGUGCAAGGGUUCGCGGAGUGGCGGGCAGUUCUUCAGCGUGUCGCACUUCUUACACGUCUGGCCCAUGUUCGAGGUCGCGUGGAUCCCGUUCCUCGCGGGGAUCUCGGGCCCACUGCAGGAGACGGACAACCUGGAUGUCGUGGAGCUCUGCCUCGACGGCUUCCGAAAUGCGGUCCGGAUCGUAUGCUUCUUCGACCUCGAGCUGGAGCGCAACGCGUUCGUGACGACGCUCGCAAAGUUCACGUUCCUGAACAACCUCGGGGAUAUGAAGACAAAGAACAUGGAGGCGGCCCAGAUGCUUCUCGACGUCACAGUCAUGAAGGGCAAUAACCUCAAGGGUUCGUGGCGCGAGGUGCUCUCGCGCACACGAAAGCUGCCCAACGAGGAGCUGGCGAAUGAGAGUAGAUCGACGCACAUCACCGUCGCGGCGGACAUGACCCCUGCUCCUGUACUUGUGCCGCUUGGGUAUAUCAUGAGAGACUUUACGCAUUCCUACCUCGCAGCCUUCCAAGUUUCAACUCAGUCGAUCGGAUUGGCAAGGUCCCACGGCGCCCUCUAUGUUGUUAGCGACACGACAGCUCAAGCAACUCGGUAUUUUAGUAGAAGAUUGUCGUUGUCCCUACAAGAACCUUUUGCACUCCAGCUUUCAAUGCCUUCCGUGUCACAGGAGUGCCUCAAUGCCCUCGCCUCCCGGGUCAAAUCUUCACUCAAGCUCUUGCGCACGCUCAAAGUUCAACAGGCUGCUGCGCAGAGCACCAUCUCCAUGCUCAAGUCGAAGGUUUCCUCGCUCGGGUCACUCGCCCAGGCAUCCUAG